AUGGCUGCGGCGGCGGCGGCAGCGAUCCCGGCCCCGCUCACCGGCCUCGCCUUCCUGAAGGCAUCGCACAUUCAGCUGGGGGCUGACCGCUGGACGCCGCGCAGCGCCCGGCGACCAUUUUCUCACAGCCAGUUCCCCCCACUCUGGGGGGUUUACCGGCCGGCGCCGGCCCCGCCGCCCCGCAGCGAGUGGGCGCUGAGGGCGGCUGGGGGUGACGGCGGGGGAACCUGCUCGGAAACUCGCCUGGCGUUUCCAGAGAGGCCCCUGCAGCGGGUGGCCCCCGUUGUUCGCCCGGAGCCACGGCUCCGCAUGCACACAGACCCCCGCAUCCGCGUCCUCGCCUCGGCGACGAGGGAGAGCUUCCCCUGGCCACACGCCCCCCUUCAGACACCCCCCCGGCCCACGGCCGAGAAAUGGAAGGAUGACGUUCCAUGUGGCGACAGAGAGAAAAUAAGGCUCCCGCCAUCCCUCUACGCCUUUUCAUACCCAGCGUGGGAAAUCCAGCCUGCUGCCAGGCCAUGGCACUCGCACUGGGGAUGUGUUCCUACUAUUAAAGGGGAUGGACAGUCCUAUUACCACACUUCUUAUCAAGCACAGUUUAAAGGUGAAUGGAGUCCACCUGCAAAGCCCAGUGAAAAGCACAUGUCUACUAUUACAUUUGGGGAUCCCAGAAGCAGUGGAUCUAUGAGUGAGCAGAAACAUGCCUACAGUGCCCCGGACAAGCGGAGACACAGGGUCUAUGACAAGGAACGUGCUGCCUCCCAGAUCCACCACACAAACAUGCAGCUGGGGGACGGUUGCAUCAGAUUCUCCACCUCAACGUCAGAGCUCUUCCCAGUGCACAAUCUAGAGCCUGUAACUACCGCUCAUCCAAACAGAUAUGCCUCAUCCAUCCCCAGAGGCGACGAGGACCCUGAGAGAAAUCAAGCAUUGGCCAGCAGUACUACUACACAGCUCUCCUACCCAGAGACUGACAGGUGGAACCUCGCACCGAAGCCUGACUCACUACUUCAGAAACAUCAAAGCAAUGUCUGCUUGGGAGAGGAGUGUUCAGGAUCCAGUUUCUUCAGCACAACGCAGCAGGCAGACUAUCAGCCACCCUGCCAGGGCCAGAGGGUGAUGGCAGACAGCAGGAGCCACCGCGAGAACCACGUCCCCUUCACCUAUCACAAUGAAAGUUCUGUCACAACCACGCAGGCCAUGCUGGUCCCACACAGACAGCAGAAACAACGACUCUCCAAAGACAUGCUACAGCAGAUCAAAUGCUCACACCUGGGGCUGCCCUGGAGGGCGCAGGACCUCUUCAGGACUGAGCAGAAAGAUGAGUUCACACCCAAGUCCAGAGGCCCAGCAGAAAUCCAAAAGGCAAACUCCCAAGUGAGCCGUGUCCCCCUGGGGAACCUGAAAAAAUACUGUCCCCAGAGGAAGAUUUUGAUGCAACUUCAGACACAGAAAGAACUGGCUUUCGGGGUAAGGGUCUUUGCUUUCUAA